CUCCACCCACGCGUCCAUAGGGCGGCGCCGCCAUCGCUCCCCUGUCAGCCCCACCGCCUUUUCCUCCUCCGCCGAUCCCGGAUCCCCUCCCCCGCUCCCUGCACCGCCCCCCGCCCCGUCCUGAGAGUCUUUCAUUGGACGAACUUGCAGUCAAUCCGCCUCGAGCCAGGGAGCCGAUUGGACACGAGGCCUGCGGGCUGCCCCCAGCCCGCUGGGAUUGGCUUGCUGCGCGUUGUCGCAACGGAAGAGGCGGCCGGUCGAGGGUGCGCCUCUGCUCCGGCUGGACUCGCCGAGGAGGCAGCGAGGGGCUGGCUUGGGCGGCAGCAGCGGCUGCUGCGGAUGGGAGCGGGCCGGCUGCGUGCGCCCAUGGAGCGCCACGGCAGGGCCGCCGCUCCCUCCGCCUCGUCGACCCGGGAACCGGCGCCCGAGGAGCCAGAUGGGCGGGGGCAGGAGCCGCUGCGGCGCCGGGCGAACAGCACGUCGGUCCCCGCGGCCGGGACCUCGGCGGAGGGAGCCAGGCGGGACCGGCACGGCUCCUACAGCGGCGCUACCUCGGCCUCCCGCCAGCGCGUGGAAAGCCUGAGGAAGAAGCGGCCGCUUUUUCCAUGGUUUGGCUUGGAUAUUGGUGGAACCCUAGUCAAGCUGGUUUAUUUUGAACCCAAAGAUAUCACUGCUGAAGAAGAAGAGGAAGAAGUGGAAAGUCUUAAAAGCAUUCGGAAGUACCUGACCUCCAAUGUGGCUUAUGGGUCCACGGGUAUUCGGGAUGUGCACCUGGAGCUGAAGGACCUGACUCUGUGUGGACGCAAAGGCAAUCUGCACUUUAUACGCUUUCCCACUCAUGACAUGCCUGCUUUUAUUCAAAUGGGCAGAGAUAAAAACUUCUCAAGUCUCCACACUGUCUUUUGUGCCACUGGAGGUGGAGCGUACAAAUUUGAGCAGGAUUUUCUCACAAUAGGUGAACUUCAGCUUUGCAAACUUGAUGAACUAGAUUGCUUAAUAAAAGGAAUUUUAUACAUUGAUUCAGUUGGAUUCAAUGGACGGUCACAGUGCUAUUACUUUGAAAACCCUGCUGAUUCUGAAAAAUGUCAGAAGUUACCGUUUGAUUUGAAAAAUCCAUACCCUCUGCUUCUGGUGAACAUUGGCUCUGGGGUUAGCAUCUUAGCAGUAUAUUCCAAAGAUAAUUACAAGCGCGUCACUGGUACCAGUCUUGGAGGAGGAACUUUUUUUGGUCUCUGCUGUCUGCUUACUGGCUGUACCACUUUUGAAGAAGCUCUUGAAAUGGCAUCUCGUGGAGAUAGCACCAAAGUGGAUAAACUAGUCCGGGACAUUUAUGGAGGGGACUAUGAGAGGUUUGGACUGCCAGGCUGGGCUGUGGCUUCAAGCUUUGGAAACAUGAUGAGCAAGGAGAAGCGAGAGGCUGUCAGUAAAGAGGACCUCGCCAGAGCAACUUUGAUCACCAUCACCAACAACAUUGGCUCGAUAGCAAGAAUGUGUGCCCUUAAUGAAAAUAUUAACCAGGUGGUAUUUGUUGGAAAUUUCUUGAGAAUUAAUACGAUCGCCAUGCGGCUUUUGGCAUAUGCUUUGGAUUAUUGGUCCAAGGGACAGUUGAAAGCACUUUUUUCGGAACACGAGGGUUAUUUUGGAGCCGUUGGAGCACUCCUUGAGCUGUUGAAGAUCCCCUGAUCAUUACCUGGGGAGGGGGUUCCUGGAACCUUCCACAAUGGGAUCUGUGAACUUUUGUUUUUUUUAAGAGACUUACUUAAUUUUAUGAUUGUGUAUUACCUGAAUCAAAGCAAGAAAGGACAAGUGGAUUUUUCUAAGUCAUCAAGACAAACCCUUAAAAAUUCAGCCUAAACUAGUAACCAGUAAGGAAUGACAUAUAUGUAUAUGUGUAUAUAUAUAAAGUGGACCAUGUCCAUGGCAGUGAGGAUUGGCUAUAAUACCUGCUAUAUAUUUUUGAAACUCAGUGUCACUCACUGGAGCCACUUCAGGGGAGAGCUAUUCUGUGUUCAGCAUACUGUGUUUUGGGAUCCUGUUGAACUUGCUAAAUGUAAGGAAAGCUACUAUGUGUUAUAUAAUCUAAUCACAGUUUUGACAAUAUGGCCUUGGAGAUCAUCUCCUGUGCAUUAACUCCGGUGAGCAUUUAGCCUUUGUGUGAACAUAUUGAAAAAUGUUUUAUUUCAAGGUUCUGCAAACUUAAUUGGGCAGGUUAGUUCAAUACCUGUAACUUGGACAAUUGAGCAACUUUUAGAAGGACAAUUGCAGGUUACUUUAUACCAUAAAUCCUAGGAAGGUCUCUUUGGAAAGACAAGAUUUCCUCCGUGAACAGAAUUACCUUGAGUAUUGGGCUGAUGGAAGUAAGCUACUACAAAAGACAUAAUCUGGAAAACUAAAACCAGACAAAAGGGACUGCUUUUUUUUCUUCCCCAGGGAACUGGGGAGAGAAUCUGGUUACACUUUUAGGCAAGUAGAAACCAAGGAAUUGAGGUGUCCAUUAACUUAUGGGGAGCAGGGCGAGGUUCUUCCCACCUUUCUCACCCACUCCUGGUCUUGGCACUUAGCAGCCCCAGGUGCAGCCCUGAUUUCUCUGGUAGGCUGGCUCAAAAGGCAGCUUGAGAGACAGGUUUUGAGCUGAGUAUUAAUAUAGAUUGACUUUGGACCUUUUCUUUCUGCUGUGCAGAAUAACUUUUAAAAACCUUUCCCUUAGAGAUUGAACUAUGUUUGUGUCUUACUUUGUGUCUUAUUUGGUGCCUGCAUCGCUGUUGAAGGCAAUGAAGGUUUGUAUAAAGUG